GCAGGCGUUGAACUUUCUUUGUCUGCGUUGACUAUGGGGCGCCGCCCGGCUCGUUGCUAUAGAUAUUGUAAGAACAAACCAUAUCCAAAAUCACGUUUCUGCCGAGGCGUUCCUGGUAAGUACUAUUUGGAAGAUGGCAAGAUACGGAUUUUUGACCUAGGUCGAAAAAAGGCAAAAGUGGAUGAAUUCCCACUCUGUGCUCAUAUGGUGUCUGAUGAAUACGAACAACUGUCCUCUGAAGCCUUGGAGGCUGCACGGAUCUGUGCCAACAAAUACAUGGUGAAGAGUUGUGGCAAAGAUGGUUUCCACAUCCGUGUUCGACUGCACCCUUUCCAUGUUAUUCGAAUCAACAAAAUGUUGUCUUGUGCUGGUGCUGAUAGGCUGCAAACAGGCAUGCGGGGUGCCUUUGGGAAACCUCAGGGUACUGUUGCUCGUGUUCAUAUAGGACAGGUGAUCAUGUCUAUUCGCACCAAAAUCCAGAACAAGGAACAUGUGAUUGAGGCUUUGCGCAGGGCCAAAUUUAAGUUCCCUGGUCGCCAGAAGAUCCACAUCUCAAAGAAGUGGGGCUUCACAAAGUUUAACGCAGAUGUAUUUGAGGACAUGGUAGCUGAGAAACGUCUUAUUCCUGAUGGCUGUGGGGUCAAGUAUAUCCCCAGCUGUGGUCCACUGGACAAGUGGAGUGCAUUCUACUCAUCAUAAAGGGGAAGGAUCUUAUGUAUUAUUUAAGCUGAUAUCCUUGCUUAUCCCCAGAUAUUAAGCUACAAAUAAAUCUGAGUUUCUGCUUA